AUGAGCGGACGGCAGAGAACGCUUUUCCAGACGUGGGGUUCAAGCAUUUCCCGAACCGCGGGGGCUCCGGGUUGCAGCUCUGGAACUGAGCAGCCUCACCCUGGCAACGCCAGGCGCCGUUUUUCUGCAGCUCCUGAAGCUGCCGAAGCUCAGCCAGACUCUGACGAUGAUGUGUUGCUGGUCGCCGUGUAUGAGGCAGAGCGGCAGCUGGGUCUCGACAAUGGUGGUUUUUGCACUUCAGCGGGAGCCCUGUGGAUUUAUCCUACUAAUUGCCCAGUGCGGGAUUACCAGCUGCGCAUCGCCCGGACCGCCCUGUUCUGCAACACGCUGGUGUGUCUGCCCACCGGGCUGGGAAAGACCUUUAUUGCCGCGGUGGUCAUGUAUAAUUUCUACCGUUGGUUCCCUUCCGGCAAGGUGGUCUUCAUGGCACCCACGAAACCUUUGGUGACACAGCAGAUUGAGGCUUGCUACAGGGUAAUGGGUAUCCCGAAGACCCACAUGGCCGAAAUGACAGGAUCUACUCAAGCUAUCACCAGGAAGGAAAUAUGGAGCAAUAAGAGAGUCCUUUUCCUUACACCUCAAGUCAUGGUAAAUGAUCUUUCUAGAGGAGCAUGUCCUGCGGCUGAAAUAAAGUGUCUGGUUAUUGAUGAAGCUCAUAAAGCUCUUGGAAACUAUGCUUACUGCCAGGUUGUAAGAGAACUAGUCAAAUAUACAAAUCACUUUAGAAUCUUGGCUCUAAGUGCUACACCUGGAAGUGAUAUGAAGGCUGUGCAACAAGUUGUUACUAACCUGCUAAUUGGGCAGAUAGAACUUCGCGCUGAAGAUUCUCCAGAUAUUUUGCCUUACUCUCAUGAAAGAAGUGUUGAAAAGUUGGUUGUUCCUCUUGGUGAAGAGCUUGCAGCCAUCCAAAAGGCAUAUACCCAGAUCUUGGAAGCAUUUGCCAGUUCCUUGAUUCAGAGAAAUAUUUUGAUGAGAAGAGAUAUCCCUAAUCUAACAAAAUACCAGAUAAUUUUAGCAAGAGAUCAGUUUAGGAAAAACCCAUCUCCUAAUAUUGUGGGAAUACAACAAGGCAUAAUUGAGGGAGAAUUUGCGAUUUGUAUUAGUUUAUAUCAUGGUUAUGAAUUACUGCAGCAAAUGGGAAUGAGAUCAUUAUAUUUAUUCCUUUGUGGAAUUAUGGAUGGAAGUAAAGGAAUGACUCGGGCAAAAAAUGAACUUAGCCGAAAUGAAGAGUUCAUGAAACUAUAUAAUCAUCUGGAGCGCAUGUUUGUACAUACACGCAGUGCUUCUGCAGGUGGCAUUUCUACUAUCCCAAAAGGCGAUAAAGAUAAAUUUUUCUAUAGUCAUCCAAAGUUAAAGAAAUUAGAAGAAGUUGUUGUUGAGCACUUCAAGUCGUGGAAUGCUCAACACAACUGUGAAAAGAAAUGUGAUGAAACUCGAGUUAUGAUCUUUUCUUCAUUUCGAGAUAGUGUUCAAGAAAUUGCAGAAAUGCUUUUACAACAUCAGCCAAUUAUUAAAGUCAUGACUUUUGUUGGCCAUGCCUCAGGGAAAAGCAUGAAGGGUUUUACCCAGAAGGAACAACUAGAGGUAGUGAAAAAAUUUCGUAGUGGUGGUUACAAUACAUUGGUUUCAACUUGUGUUGGUGAAGAAGGUUUGGAUAUAGGAGAAGUUGAUCUUAUAAUAUGUUUUGAUGCCCAGAAGAGCCCAAUUCGUCUUGUACAACGAAUGGGUAGAACUGGCCGCAAACGUCAAGGCAGAAUUGUUGUUAUCCUUGCUGAAGGACGAGAAGAACGUACUUAUAAUCAAAGUCAGUCCAAUAAAAGAAGCAUUUAUAGAGCUAUAUCAAGUAACAGGCAGGUCCUUCAUUUUUAUCAAAGAAGUCCACGAAUGGUUCCUGAUGGAUUCAAUCCACAGUUACAUAAAAUGUUCAUCACACAUGGUGUCUAUGAAUCAGAGAAAUCUUGGAACUUGAAGCAAAAGUCAUCUGUCUUUUCCUAUAGGAAUGGAAUAAGGCAAAGUAAUUCAAAGAAAGAUUGGUUAUUAUCAGAAGAAGAAUUUAAAUUAUGGAACAGACUUUAUAGAUUAAGAGAGAGUGAUGAAAUUAAGGGAAUAACAUUGCCUCAAGUUCAGUUUCUGUCUUUUCAAAAUGAAGAAAAUACACCUACUAAAGAACCAACCAGUGGAAUUCAUCAACUCUCUCUUUCUGAGUGGAGAUUGUGGCAGGAUCGUCCUUUUCCGACCUACCAUGUUGAUCAUUCAGAUCGAUGUCAUCAUUUUAUAAGCAUUAUGAAAAUGAUAGAAGAAAUGAGACACGAAGAGGGAGAAUGCAGCUAUGAAUUGAAAAUUAAAUCUUACUUACAAAUGGAAGAUGUUAGCUCAACAUUUAAUGCUCCUAGAAACAAGUGUAAUUCUCUUGCCAAUGACACCUCUACUAGUAACAAGAAAUCUUCAUGUACAAAGAAAAAUCAAGGCAGCUCAUUUUCAGUGACAGAAUCUAAUGAAGAAUGUACUAAAGAUGUUAAACAAACUGGUGUCAAACCUACAAAAAUCAGUUUUCUAAAGAAUAAAGCUUCUAAAGGACUGAAAAAACAUCAGCCUAACAAAGAAAACAGUAAUACGCAUUCUUUAAAGACUGAUUGCAAUUCUGCUGUUGAAAGUAUUUUUCAGGUAGAUCGAAAUGAUAAAAGGGCAUCAGAGACAGAUGAAGUGGCUGCCUCAUGUGCGAUCAAUGAAAACAUUGCUAAUCAGUCAUGUGGAUUAUUAGCAGAUUGUCAGGUUACAGAUAAAUUUAUUAGUUCGUAUGCUGAAAAUUUUUUCGAUUCUGGUUAUCACAGUUUCAGUGAUGAGAAAUCUGUUUCAUCUAACUUAUUCUUUCCAUUUGAGGAAGAGCUUUAUGUAGAUACUACAGAUAAACAAUUUGAUAAUUGUCAUUUGACAAAAGAGAUACUAGCUAAUGUGGAGAAAUUUUUAUCUCAUUCUCCUCCACCUCUCAGUGGACUUUCAAGUUUGGAAUUUGAAAUUACUAAGGGUUCUGUACUUGAGAAUUUUUUUUUCCUACCCUACACAGAAUGUUUACAAAAUAAUAAAUCUACCUAUUUGAUGUCAUGUUCACCAAUAAAUUCUCAACAGAAUUUGGAGUUGAAUUCACCUAAACUUAAUCAUCCUUCUGAAAAAAUAUAUCUUUAUGAUGCAACUAAUGACCAGCUUUCUGAUGAGCGAGGUUUCUGUGACUAUGAUAAAUUACACAGAGAUAUGAAGGAAAAUUUAGUAUCCAACAAUCAUGUUCAUAUAAACAUUGAUCCUCCAAAAUAUUUUGGUGAAAAGAAUCAUGAUGGUAACAAUGACCUCCCAAUAUUGCUCACUGAUCAGAAUGAGAGUUUACCAUUAUUUGAUGAUGAUAGUACAGAGAUUGUUGAUGUGAGCCUUUCUCCCACAAAGAGUAAGUGUAAAUCUUUAUGUGUAUCAGACAAAACUGCUCUAAGUGAAAUGUCAUUGGUUUCUCACUUCUUAAUUUCUGAUGAACAUUUGUUAGAUAGUAAUUCUGAAUCUCAAGAUCAAAUCACAUGUGAUACUAAUGGUUUGAAAUUUCAGGAAGAUGUGAAAGUUGUAUGUGAGGAAAACUUAAAGACUGAUGAGAAUAUUUUUGAUUGUUCUAACGAUCUGUUUUCUGUUACAUUUGAUUUAGGAUUUUGUAGUCCAGAUUCUGAUCAUGAAAUACUAGAACAUAUAUCAGACAGAAAUAAGGAUAGAACUUUAGAUGAUCUGCCUGGAAGGUAUUUAGAUAGUAAAGAGAUAAGUGAUACAAAUUAUGUUUCAUAUCAAGCAGUAAUACCAAGAAAAUCUAUAGAUGGUUCUACAAGUAGAACCAUUACUAUCACAUCAAGUGAAAAUAAGAAGAGUUCAGCUUCUGCAUGUUUUCAACUGAGUACAGCAGAAAAUAAAGACUGUAUGUCUCCUGGUUAUUCUCAGUUUUCUUUGCCAGUAAAAGAAAAAAUUAUGAGUACACCACUUUUUGAAUCAAACACAGUAAACUCAUUUUUGAAGAAGAAAAAGGAAAUACCUAAGAUCCCAGAUUCUAACAAAGAAAAAGUAAAUCUACAAAGCUUCAAAGAAGCAUUGAAUUCAACUUUUGAUGACUCAGGCCUUUCAAUGGAAAAAACUAAAAACAGGGAACAAAUGAAUUUGCAUCAAUCCUGUCAUUUUGUUGAAGAUGAACAAUUAAUAAGCAUUGAAAGUGAAGAUGAUGGGAUUUUCCGAAGGAAAAAUAAUGCCACAAAAGGAAAUCUUUUAGAAUCCCCAGAGGAUUCGAAAGACAGUGAAGUUGAUUCUCCACUUUGUGCUAUCAAAAAUCGCAGGAUUCCACGAAACAGAUUAGAAUUAUCAUCCAGUGAUGAAAGUGAGAAUUUUCAUGGACAAGAUCCACAAUUAGAAGACUUUAAGGACUGUGUGAAGAAUACCAAAAGAGUCUUCAAAGUUCAGAAGAGACGGCGUCAUCUUAAACUUGUAGCCAGGAAAUUUUUAGAUGAUGAAGCAGAACUUUCCCAAGAAGAUGCAGAAUGUGUUUCGUCUGAUGAAAAUGAGUCAGAAAAUGAGAAAGAUUCCUCAUUACUUGACUUCUUAAAUGAUGAGACUCAACUUUCACAGGCUAUAAAUGAUUCUGAAAUGAGAGCUGUUUACCUGAAAUCUUUACACAGUCCACUGAUGAGGAAUAAAUGUCAAAUCAUUCGUAAGAAUCAUAACAACAUAAACAUUUUCUCACAGAUUCCUGAACAAGAUGAAACUUAUUUAGAAGACAGUUUUUGUGUUGAUGAAGAAGAUUCCUGCAAAAGCCAAUCAAGUGAAGAAGUCUGUGUUGAUUUUAACAUAAUUACUGAAGAUUGCUUUGUAAAUGGGCGUAAAAAAUAUGAAACAAGACGUGCAGCAAAGCUAAAACAAAUGAAAAUGAGCGAACAAUAUGGUGGUUCUAAAAAGAAAUUAUCCCGGAUUAUUUUACCAGAUGACUCAAGUGAGGAAGAAAAUGAUACAAAUGAAAAUGAGACAAAUGUUAAUCCUAGUACUGAUGAUAAGUGCAAACAGCAAAAUCUUUGUUUGAAUUUAGUGUCUUCUGAGUCUGCUUGGCAGUCCAAAAACUAUUCAGAUCCACAUACGAAUCAGCUGCCAAAGCAGAGGCAACAUACACUACUUAAUAUAAAGGAUACAGCUUCCGAUGUCUCAGAUUUCAAACAUCAGAGCUGUAAUAAAAUCAAAACUACCUCAUCAUCAUUCUCUACUGUUGAUUCACAGAAAGACUGUAGAAAAUAUCCAGAUCACUCAAAGGUUGUUAGUGCUCCCAAGGACUCUAGCACUUCAAUGGCAUCUUGUUCCAACUCAAGACCACAUUUGGCUGGCACACAUGCUUCUCUUAGACUUCCACAGGAAGACCAAAAAACUUGUAUUCUUGUAGAUACUCGAGAAAUCACUUCUGGUUCAGAAGUAAUUUCUUCCCUAAGAGCAAUUCAUGGCUUACAGGUGGAGGUUUGUCCUCUUAAUGGUUGUGACUACAUUGUGAGUAAUCGCAUGGUGGUAGAAAGGAGGUCGUAUUCUAAGAUGUUAAAUGGUGCCGAUAAGAACAAAUUCAUUGACCAGAUCCAGUACCUACGAAGUAUGUUUGAAAGAGUAUGUGUGAUUGUGGAAAAGGACAGAGAAAAAACAGGAGUUUCUUCCAGAAUGUUUAAGAGAACAAAGACUUACGACAGCCUGCUGAUUACUUUAAUUGGUGCCGGAAUCCGAAUUCUCUUCAGUUCCUGCCAAGAAGAAACUGCAAAUUUGCUAAAGGAACUGUGUUUAGUGGAACAAAGAAAGAAUAAGGGUAUUCAUGUUCCAAUAGUGGUGAACAGUAAUAAAUGUGAGGCUCUUCAAUUUUACCUAAGCAUUCCCAAUAUAAGUUAUAUAACAGCAUUAAAUAUGUGUUACCAGUUUUCUUCUCUGAAAAAGAUGACUAACAGUUCACCUCAAGAAAUUUCCACAUAUGCACAAGUAACUCAUCAAAAGGCUGAGGAAAUCCAUCAAUAUAUUCACUAUGUAUUUGACAUCCACAUGUUACCAAAUAGUCUGAACCAAGGUAGACUGAAACUAGAUGCAUGAUCAGAUUGUUCAAGAUGCAGCUUUCCAACUCAUAAUAUGGAAUUCCCUUCAAUAAUUACU